UAUUGCCUUUAAAAGGCUAAAAAGCUCGUACUAAAUUUGGGCAUGCAGUUGCGGAGGAUUUCAAGGAAUGUCAGCAUCUCCGACAGCUCUGACGGCAGGCUAAUGCAGAUGUUACUGGCUUUUGCACUGCGUCGCUGCGACUGCGCUGGCUCUCCUCGCAGACCAAGUCGCCAGGACUUAAUAAAGAAUCACCUGCAGUACUUCCUUGGCUAACGACCCGGCACUCUUGUUGAUGGAGCUACAGCUGACGUAGGGUUAGAACCUACAACAAAACUUUAAGGGGUCCUAUCUCAGCAGUCCCCAUCUCUUUAUCACCUGGCUUUCAGGCUUUUUUUAAGGUAGCAGCCAUGUCCAGGAGGAAAGUAAGGGCACUGACCAGAACUGGGCGUCAGGUGAGCGAAGACCCUGAUAUUGACAACCUGUUGUCUAACUUGUCGCCAGAAGAGAUGGAAGAACUGCAGAAAGAGGUUCUUACAUUGCCUGACCCUGAUCCUGACCCAUAUGUGCAAAGCGGAAUCAGGAAGAGGACCCCACUGGAGAAACAACCUUCAGUUAGUAACAAUGUGGAGCAUUCUGGGCGUGAAACCAGCAAGCUCAAUCAGAGACAGCUGUCAAUCGAGGGGGAGCCCAAGAGAGAGAGUCUGAAGCAACAAUACUUAAGGAAGAUGGGACUCAGUCAGGAGAGGAGUUUGUCCAGGUCAGACAGCCAGGGUGAGGAGGUCACCAGGCAAAACAGCGAGUCCGGUGAGCACGACCAUGUGAGGGAAGAGAAACACAAUACCGGGAACCGAGCCGGGCCUUCCCACCGCUUCCACAGAGAGGAGAGCCGUGAUAUGGAGAGGAAAGAAGGGAGGGAGAUUAAUGAAGAGAGCAAGCUGAGGGAAAAAAGGGAGGACAGCAAAAAGAAGGAAGAAGGCAGCAGCAAGACGAAAGAGCUGAUCUCCAAACUACAGGAGAAGAAAGAAGAUGCCAAAGAAAAAGAGAGGAAAGAUGAAAGCCGGAAAGAUGGCAAGACGAAAGAGCUGAUCUCAAAGCUUAAAGAGCGAAGUGAGAAGGUAGAUGUUAAAGAAAGGGAGAAAAAAGAGGAGAUCUGGAAGAAAGAGGAUAGCAAAACAAAAGAUUUAAUAUCUAGGCUGGAAGAAAAGCAAAGCCAGGUGAAAGAAAGCAAAACAGAUGACAGCAAAAGCAGAGGGGAGGAGAAGACAGAGUCUGCCAUGCAACUUCCCCGAACAGGAUCCCAGCAGGAGGAAAAGGGUGAAGUGACGGCAGAGACAGAAAAUGCAAAGGAGGGGGACUCUGUGAAAGAGAGGGACUCUGUAAAAGAGAGGGACUCUGUAAAGGAGGGGGACUCUGUGAAAGAGAGGGACUCUGUGAAAGAGAAGGACUCUGUAAAGGAGGGGGACUCUGUGAAAGAGAGGGACUCUGUGAAAGAGAAGGACUCUGUAAAGGAGGGGGACUCUGUGAAAGAGAGGGACUCUGUGAAAGAGAAGGACUCUGUAAAGGAGGGGGACUCUGUGAAAGAGAGGGACUCUGUGAAAGAGAAGGACUCUGUAAAGGGGCGAGAGCAGAGGAGUGUUAAAGGGAAAGAAAAUGAGAAGGAGAAUGUGAAAGAAAGGGUAAAGGAAACAGAGAAACAAAAAGCUCCCAGUGAAGGUGUGAAGCCCAAAAAGAAUGAGGAGCCUGUAGCUGGGAGGAACCAAAGCACCAAAACAAAGGAGAACGACGAAGAAGAAGAUGAGGAUGCCAGUAUGUUUGAUGAGCUGCUGGAGAAGGUCAGCAGCAAUGACCCCCAAAUGACAGAGCUCAAUGUCAACAACUCAGAAGCCAUCAAAACCAAAACCCUCAUUAAUUUUGCAGAAGCCCUGCGAGACAAUACACAUAUUAAGAUAUUUGCUCUGGCUAACACCCGGGCAGAUGACCAUGUGGCUUAUGCCAUUGCAGGGAUGCUGCGUGCCAAUAAGACAGUCAUCAGCAUCAACUUAGAUUCCAACCAUCUCACCAGCAAGGGGAUCGUUGCCCUGAUUCAUGCCUUACAGCACAACUCCACCCUCACUGAACUACGCUUCCAUAACCAACGCCACAUCUGUGGUGGCAAGACUGAGAUGGAGAUGGCUAAGAUACUGAAGGAGAACACCACACUGCUUAAGCUCGGGUACCACUUCGAGCUGGCUGGCCCACGCAUGACUAUGACCAACAUCCUAAGUCGCAACAUGGACCGACAGCGACAACGGAGGUUGCAAGAGCAGAAGCAGGCCCAAGCUAAUGGAGAAAAGAAGGGAACACUUGAAGUACCCAAAGCAUCGGGGGGCCUCAAGAACUCCCCCAAGGCUUCACCCAAAGUCUCCCCACUGCCCUCACCCCAGCCCUCUCCCAAGGUGACCCCAAAGAAAGUGGGAGGAGCUACAGCUGUACCACCUCCACCGCCACCCCCACCACCCCCAGGUCCUGUCCUGGACAUGAACUGCCUACGGGACUCCCUGACCCCUGUGUCACAGCGUAAAAUGGGAGAUAAGGGCUCUGACAGGGCUGGGGGCAAGAAUUCAAGGGAUCAGCUGCUGGCCUCCAUUAGAAACAGCAACGUUAAACAGCUCAAAAAGGUUGACGUCCCAAAGCUGCUGCAGUAAGGUUGGGGGAGUGAAAAAAAGACUUGGAGGAAGAGGAGGAAGGAGGAUGGGAAGGAGAAGGAGACAGACAUCUCACAGAACCUGAGGAGACCAAAACUGAAUUUAUGAUGAAUGGAUGCAUACAGUCUUGCCACUGUGGAGCAGGCAGCAGGAGGAACAGAAGAUGAGGCUUGGCUCUGGAUGUACAGUUCCUGUCUGUGGUUCCAUACAGGAUGUGGGUGACGGGCGGGAGCGUGUGGAGAGUGGUUUCAUGAUGCAGAGGUCUUGCUCAUAUGCUGGUCAUGCGUCAGCACCUUGCCUGUUAAUUGCACUAGAUUUCAAAGCAGGUCAUUAGUUAUGUGGGUAAAUGUGAAUGGUGCUUUAUGUGUGGGGUUAUAAGCAAAAUACGAGCGAUAGGAAUGACAUUGGCAUCCGUGAGUUUGUCAACCUGCCUUUCAAACUUCGACAGCAGUUUUGAAGGAUGAUUCGAUAGCAGCGUUACAAGCAAAUAAGAAGAAUCAUCUGAAUUUUCUCUAGCAUGGGAAUUCUGUACGGGACUGUAAUCGGAAAAUUAAUGUAGGGUUUGAUGUCUAUUGAAAUUUACGCUGAAUUAUUAAAAAGGGCUCACUGGGAGAAAUAAGUAGAAACUAGUGCCAAUAUGUUAUUAUCAGAAUCAUAAAGCAACAUCUCAAGCAUUUUUUCACACAUCAGCCCCCCCACUUUCAGCUUUUUGGCAACGACUCAGGAUGGAGCUACAGAUUUUCCAGGAAAUAAGUGGAGAAGUGUUUUGUUUUUGAACAUAGCAUAGCCUGCAGUAUGAAUGCUAAUGUGCUAUUGCUUAUGCUCCACAAUAUAUGUCUGUGUCUUCUGUGUGGCAAUUCAUGUUUGCUACUAAUAGUACAGCGGCACUCUUGAACAUCACCACUCGCAACUAAUGUGAAUGCACAGAUUCCUUCAAGAUGCAAGAAUUUUCUUCAAUUUAGCCAAGCUGCAAUUAUAAACAAAAUAAUAUGGGAUGGUAUUUUACCUUUUUUCUCUUUCUUUGUUGCCAAAGAAAUGUCUCUAAAUAGCUUAUUUUCAAAAGAGGCUUACAAUGACAGUGCAUAGGUCUGAAAGUACCUUCAAUGAAAAAACUUAAUUUUUAAGAUCCCUCAGUGGAUUUGUUCUCAGCCUUUUCCAUUGAAAUUGAAAUUUUUAGUCACCCAUUAACGAUACAUUAGACGCUAUGUAUAUUAUAUUCAGUUUUCAAUGGUUUUUAAAAAGCCAUUAAAUUAGGUGAAGCUGUAUUUCUUAUACAAAUUAAGUGCGAAUGCAGACGUUUUGGGCUUUUGGCACAUGUAUAUAUUAUAUAGAGUGGUGGUGUAUUGUAAAGUAUUCUCAAGUUAGUAAAACAGUGUUUGUGAUUUUUCGUUUACAGACAAGCAUUGAUUUCAAGAAAAUUAAAUCUUUCACAUGUAUCACUAUGAAUUCUUUAUGGCUUUCAAAGUAAUAGUGAAUCCAAACUGGUUCACUGACAGUUUUUAACAAAAAAUUUAGAUUUUUUAUGUAUCUCUUGUACGAAGUUACUUUAUUGGCAAGUGCAAGUCCAUAAUUUGUAAAGCAGCUCCAAAAGGAGAUUUAAAAAAUGCGCUAAAAUAUGGACAUUAACAAGCCACAUACGACAUACUGUAUGCAGAUGUUUGUUCAGAGGAAUGGUAUCCUGUUCAUCUCACAGCUUUCGGAUAGAUGGCAGUAAGACAAAUUGCACAAAGUGCUCUUUUGCCAUUUCAUUUAUCAGGACAAUGCACUGCAUGUGGCAGAAAUAUCUGAUGACCAGAAAAAAACACAGAAAUGCAGUUAAAAGAGAUAUGAAAAGAGAGUUGCACAAAGGUUUACUUUAUUGAUAAAAUACAUAAUGUUACAUGUGUUACUAUGGAACAGUAGAUUAAAUUAAACAAGAUCUAAAAUAAUUCAGAUACUCUUCUCUGAAACAAAUAGGGAAAUCCAGUAAGACCUUCACUGACUAAAGUUCUUAUUCAGGAACCAGGUAAUAAUGUAAUGGAUAGCAUUUUGUACAUGUCUUAAUAAAGCACUUAGAGUACACAAAGCAGUGCAGUGUUGUUUGGAAACAGUAUCCCAAGAUCUGCUGCGUUGUACUAAAUAAAAGUUUUUUCAUUGAUUGUCAAUACAGGUAUAGAAAGGAUGCUUUUGAUCCAGGAAAGAAUGCUAAUCCAAUAUAAUGCAUUCACUUGAGAACUGCAUGUUCACCUUUCAUUUUUCCAUGUAAGGAAUAGUGAUAUCUGGAUUCAUUCCAGUGACAGUCAAUGUUUAUAUUUACCAGUGGAAUCAAUGUAUUCUCAUGAGACAAAUAUUUCUAAUACUGUGUUUUAAAAACUUUUCAUAUAUAUUGUUAGAAGUCACAUAUUUUUAUAUUAUGACCAACAUGCAUAUACGAUGACACAAUGGAUGUGUUUGUUACAAAAUGGCUGGUUUCAAGUACUAGACUGUUAUUGUGUGUUUGAUAUAAUAUAUUACAUGUAUGCUUAUGGACAUGGGGAGUUAGAAUGUCUACUGUUUUUUGGGUUUUCUAAGACCACUGAUGAUAGACAAACCAACAUGGAGGGUUUGGAUCUAACUCUCAACCUCGUGACCUGGGAAAAUGGCUGAAUGGCAUAUUUUUGGCUUUCAGAAACGUUCUUAUUCUUUUUUAAGGUAAUACUUACCUCAUGGUUUGACUCCGGGUAGAAGUGAAAUACAGAGUCAAACGUGUCCAUGUGAUUUCGAUCCUCUUACACUGACCCCAGCUGUGAAACAUAAACAAAAUCAACAAGGGGCCGUCAGCACAAAACAGGAGUUUUUCUGGGGCAUGAAACUGCCAAACGAUGCCUCAGUAAAUUGUGUGCUAAUGGGCUAAACCCUCACUAUAUAGCAAUGAUGCUUUGACGAUAAAAAUCUAAAGACGUCCACCCCUUAUAACAACAGUAAAUGGCCUUCUCUACUCUCCUUCAUUCUAUUCAUUUUUUCUCUACUCUGAGAGAUGUUAUAAACAACCAUGGUCUUCUUAAUUUUUGUUUAACUGUUGUUUUGUUGUUUUGGAAAUACUGUGUCAUUCUGGAUUUUUGCUUUCUUCACAAGGCAACUUUUCAUGUUUUGUUUUUGUUCCACGUUCUAGCAGCUAAUAACAUAAUAACUGUCAAUAGCAUAAUCAUUUUUUUAAAUACAUUAAUGGAAGUUAUUUCAUCAUUGGCUGCUACACCAGGCAAUAUUGUAAUAAACAGCCAAUAAUUUAGUAAC